AUGGCUUUAACAACAUUAUCAUUUAUCGGCACCUUCAUUACUAGAUGGCUACCUGGUAUCGAACAACAAUCCACAGACAUACAUUACCGGUCAUUAAAUGGAGAAGGAAUGUUUAACUGGCGAUUUAAAUUCCCAUUUUCGUAUAAUAAAACGGAAAAUAUUAUCGUACAUAAUGAAAAAUACUUAUUCUCUUGGUAUGACGAGGAACAACACGUAUUACCGAGGUUACAUCUUCAAAUUUGGGACAACGAUCGAAUAACUCCAGAUUCAUAUAUAGGUAUAAAACACAUAUUGCACCCAUAUUUGGACAAAACCGUGCAUACUGUCCUCCUGAACCAUAUUGGUAUGUCCUUUGGCUUAGAAGACUUAGAGGACGGUAGAUAUAUUGGGUAAUCAAUAUAUCGUAAGACACUCGGAAAGUGUAAACUUUUUUCGAAAUUUGUUUUAAGGAAGUUAAUUUUCGGAAGUGAAAUGACUACCUACUUUUGAUUUUCAAAUGGCAACCUAUAUUAAAAAUUCCAUAAAUAGAUAAAAUAGUAGUUAAAAUAAUUGUCUGUGUUUAAAUUUGUAAUUUCCGUAAAUCCGUUGACGAGAUAUUCCACUUUUAAGUUUGGAUCAGGGAGAAUAGUAAAAAAUCAUUUGUGUAGCAGCACAACGCGAGGCGUUUUAAGAAUGUACUACUACUUUUCCCCGAUCUAAAAUUAAAAGUGGAAUAUCUCGUUAACGGGUUGACGGAAAUUAUAAAUUUAAACACUAACAUUUAUUUUAACCACUACUUCAUCUAUUUAUGGAAUUUUUAAUAUAGGUUGCUAUUUAAAAAUCAAUAAUAGAUAGUACUUUCACCUCAAAAAAUUACAUAAAUGUAAAAUUUCAGAGCUUCUGCUUGUUUUUAAAGUUGUCCAUAAAAUAAAUGUCGAACAACGUUAAUACUUACCGAGAUAAAGAAUCUCUUAUGAUAGAUUGAUCACUUCGUAUAACAUAUUUAUCGGAUACAUUAUUCUCUUAUUAAUCUAAGGUUUUUUGAACUUGGAUUUAUGGAAUAUGCCUAAGGGUACGAAAUCAUCAAGGUGGUGUACUAUGUCCAACAGUGUACCCCGAAUAAAUUUGUUCAAAAUAAAAAAGGCACGUGGUUGGUGGCCGUUCGUUUCUACAAAAGAUAAUAAAAAUUUGAUCGUAGUAAAUAUAUUGUUAAAUUGAAUUCAUAUAAAUAACUUACAUUACUAAGUAUAGUUUUAACAUAUUGUAUGAUAAUAAACUGUACUCUAUUUAUUUAAAAUAAGGGAAAAUUGGACGCUGAAAUUCAAAUAAUUACUAAGCAAGAAGCAGAUACACAACCAGCAGGACUCGGUAGAGAUGGGCCACAACCUUUACCCGAGCCAAAGUAAUAUUAUUUUCAUCCUAUAAAAAUUAUAAUUCAAGUUGUAAUCAAGUAAUUAUUUUAUAAAUUAUACGUUUUAUUUUAUAUGUGGAUAGAAGACCUUCGACUCACUACAUGGAGAAGUUUACGGGUCUAUUUACGGGUAUAUUUCAUAAAUUAUUCAAAGCCAACAAAAAAAAGUUAAUAAUCGGUUUAAUCGUUGUUCCUGUGGUAUUAUUCGUGUUUUUGUUUAUUUUUUCGAUUCCUGGAAACUUAGCAAACAAAUUCCUGGACAAAAUAUUCUAUAAAUAAAAUACAGUUGUGUUAAUUAUAAUGUUCAUUAUUUGUAUUUAGCAUUAUAAAGUUGUUGGAUAUAGUUUAGACAAAAAUCACGAUUCUUUAAACUAUAUUUAAAAUGCGUUUAUGUAGAGUGGUAAUUGAAUAGUUCUAACAAUAUUCAUAACAAACCCAAAUUAAAUUGAAUAUUUUAAAUCAUUUAUGAAUUAAUAAUUUCAACUUGAGAGUCAUAUCUCAUUAUGCUAUAUACAAUUAUUUUGUAUAGUGUGAACAAAAAUUGUCUAUACCUUUUGUUUGAAAGGCUACUAUCAAGCAGCUGUUAAGCUGCUCACUGCACGUGUAAUGUAGACUAUUAUUUCACACGAAUUUUAAUACCAAAUUUUGACGAAAAUUGUAAAUAUUACGGCCUGGCUUUUUAACAAAUGUACAAACCAAAUUUCACUCCAAAUCGUUUUUCGUUAGCAGUAGUUAAUCGUUACGUAUGCUUAUAUAUAAAAUGAUCUCUCUAUCUUCUCAACUUCUCACUUACAACAGUGGUCCACCCAUUGUGCGAAGUAUGUCUGUCUUUUUUUCAUUAUAAACGACGUAUAAAUAAAUAUCCUAGAAGAUAACGAAACAUGUCACAAUUUAUAAGAAAUGCGAUUUAAGUAGAUUAAAUUUUGUUUAAACAUUAACUUUAUAAAUAAAAGUGGAAAUAACUUCAAUAAACCAGAGUAUUUGAACUUUGAAGUUAAUCGUAAAUGUUGCUGAAAACCUUAAAUUGUUCAAAAAAGAGGUAGAAAUAUGUUUGAAGUUACAGAAAUUACAGGUAAAAGUACAAGCAUAGCCGUUAAAUUUAAUUGGAAGUGAUGGUUUUAAAAUAUAUAUAGUCUUUUACCAUCUAGCAGAUUAUGAUGAAUAAUAUACUCAUACAUUUGAUCUAUAUGUUUAAUAUGACCUUCAUUUCAGCAUUUUGAUUAUAUUAUGGAAGGUUUUUAUAAGAUAUUAAUACAAGUUCUGCACUGUAAUAAAUUUCUCUAAUUACCAUGCCAAAGAACACUCUGGUUUUCUAUAAGUAAAAUAUAUCAUGAUAAUGUAUAAUAAGUGAGACUUAAAAAAAAAUUUACAAUUUAUUUUAUUUUAUAACUUCAAAAAUAAUUGUGUUUGUUUAAUACAAUAUAAUAUAUAUUUUCUUAUAUGUAUAUCAUAUAGCAUUAUCAGCAGUAAUAACUUAAUCCUUAUUAUUUCAUCAUCAAAAGCUGAAGAAAAAAAUAUUGGUUGUGACACUGGAAUGUAAAAUAUACUUUAUACUUUAUGUUCAUUGCUGGCACUAAGUAUUGAGGUGCCCUGAAAAAUGUUUUUGCGUAACUCAUGAUUAUUUAUAUAAUAAUUAUUUAAUUUGGAUGCUAGACAUACGCCCUAUUUGUGCUCCCCUAGCUUUGGUACUGUAUGUUUAUGUGCAUAUAAUAAUAAUACAAAUUAUUUUAAUUUACAACAUUCUUACACAAUGGUCUAGAACCAAAAAUAGGUAUACAUAUAUAUUUCAUUAAUCAAGAACUGAAUAUUUUAGGAGUAAUACAAGUUCAUUAAAUUAAAAUAUAAGAACUGCAAGUAAAGUUGUAUUAUUUAUAACAGACAGAUAUUAAUUAAACAAUAUAUUAUAUAAUUAUAUAAUUUGCUACGAAUUUUGUAUCGUCUGGUAUUAAAAGUACCCAUAUACAACUGUACGAUCUUUCUGUCUCAACUGAACUUACAUUAAACAUACCAGUUAAAUCUCUACACAGUGUCCAUUCAAAUGUAUUAUUUAAAUUAGUUAUGUUACAUUUUUAAAUGUGCAAAUUAUAAAUGUAACAUAAUUCAAUUCAAGUGAUUUCCUGUACAUGGUAAUUUUCAACAACAUACUACUAUGCAAAUUGUGGAACGUGCUGACAAUGAAUAAGAGAAAAAUUCCUACUGGAAUUGAUUGUAAUUUACUUAAUGAACAUUUUGUAAAUAUAGGAAAAAAUCUUGCGUCUACAAUACCUAAUUUACAAUUUGAAAGAGAAAAUAAAAAUUCUCAUAUUAACUCGUCUAUUCAUCUCGAACCUGUUACAUCAGAUGAAAUAAUUCUUAAAAUUGAUUUGUUAAAAAAUAAUAUUGCUCCUGGUUCUGAUAAAAUCACUGUAGAAUUUCAAAAAACUGUUAAAAAGUUAGUUGCU